ACACGCUCUAAUGCAACUUCUAAAACUUUCCUGGACUUCAGCAAAAUAAAGCAGGGUGCUGUUAGUAUCUGUGAACCGGAAGCCUUUAUAACCGCAUAAAACGAUUUUCWGUCAGAUGUGUCCCAGCUGUUUGUGCGUCAUGACGCCACUCCUCGUAAACCAGCUCCAGUGAUUUAGACUCCUGUAUCAGCAGACACAGACGUCUCUCCUCCGCUCCCUUUUCCUUCUUCCCUUCUUCUUGCAGCUAACCAUGCACGGCUUGUCCGCAUCUUCUGCGCGUGCCGCAGUUCUGCUUUGCGCACUUUUCGCCGCAGCAGGAGCGCAAACUCCCACUCCGGCUCCGGCUAGUUGUCACCUGAAAUCCAACAGUAGYUGUGCUGAAUGUCUGCAGAAUGUGGCUUGUCUUUGGUGCAUCACAAACCAACAAUGUGUUGACUACCCAGUGCAGAACGUCCUGCCCCCCAGCAGUGUUUGUGCCCUGCACGAUGCACGGUGGGGGGUUUGUUGGGUCAACUUCCAGAUACUGAUCAUCACCAUGUCGGUGUUGGCCGGCAUCGUCGUCAUCUCCGUUGUCGUUUGCUGCUUGUGCUGCUGCUGCAAGUGCGAGAGAAUCGGAAACAAAAGAGAAGAUGCACACGCGGAGAGACAAACCAGAGCCAGGAAGUCCCGUCAGAAAGCGAGAUUCACAAAUGUCUUAACUUAACUGUAAGAGGGGUUUUCGCUAAAAGUAUUUUCAGUUCAGGAAGAAAAAGUUGAUGUAAAAAAAACGCAUUAAGAUUUUUAAAAUGACAUUUUUGAUUUUAGAAUACACAUUUUGGCACGUUUUUGAUUCAAAUGCAGUAAAUAUGCGUCAUAAAUAUGAUUUCAUCUGUAUCAUCUCCUGACUAUUAAACUAUUUUCUUCAAAAUAAUUAACAAAUCUUUUUUUUAAAAUCACGUUAACUUUUAGCAUCACGGUUUAAUUCACAAUUGCUAAAUUUCACAUGAAUUGCUAGAUUUUGUUGAAUCUUUUAUUGAAAUUGUAAAAGCGUUGAAAAUUAAAAGGAUGAACAAAACA